CAAGGCACCUUUUAAAAUUAUGGACAGUCCCUGAGGCACCCCAUUCUAAAAUCCGUUAAUUGCUGGGCAUCCAUGCAAAGAUAGUUAGAACAGUGUUUCUCAACCUUUUUUCAGUCCCGAGCCACCCUUUAAAAUUAUGGACAGUCCCGAGCCACCCUUUAAAAUUAUGGACAGUCCCGAGCCACCCUUUAAAAUUAUGGACAGUCCCGAGGCACCCUUUAAAAUUAUGGACAGUCCCGAGCCACCCUUUAAAAUUAUAGACAGUCCCGAGGCAUUGAUGGAAAGGGACAGGCAAGGGUCAAACUAGGAUGCUGUGCAGGCAGUUGACAUCCUCCUUAUCAACUGAUGA